UCGGACAGUCUUAAGGUAAGGACCAUCAAAAUUAUAGACUCCAGAGUAAAACGGUCCGUGAUAACACAGCGUGCGUGGUACAGUCGACUCUACAUUAUCACCGAGAACGAGCCGAGAGUUAGUAGUUUCUGAUUGCAUACCGCAGACACACACCUAUUCCUUAUUCGAGCGUCAGUCCUGCGGAAAGGAAUCCCGCCAUGCAGCAGCGAUCGGAUCAUCAUCCUCUUCUCAAAGUUUACGUGACCGUCCUGAGGUCUCUCGGCCUGUGGACGAUUCCGGCAAAGUCUUGGCCUUUACUGUCGUACCCUUAUUUGCUGUACAAGAUAUUCGUACUACUAAUGAUCAGUUUUCUCAUUGCCACUCUAUCCGCCGACGUGUAUACCUGCAACGACGAUCUCCUCGUCGUGACCGAUGACGGUUGCAUAAUCGCCGGGUUAUCAGUGAUUCUGAUCAAGUUGCUCAGCUUUCAAUUGAACCCCGACAAGGUGGAACGAAUGAUAGAUUUCAUCGAUAAAAACAUCAGAGCUCUCCACGAGGAGGGAAACCCGGAGCACCUCAAGAUCUGGAAGUAUUACGUCCUGAGGGAAAGAGUAACGAUUUACAGCUUCGGAACGAUAGGGAUGUUCCUGGUGUUCGCGUUGAUGUUUUUGACCACCACAGAACCAGGGGAAUUGCCGAUAAGAUCGCAGUAUCCUUUUGACGUUGGAAAGUCGCCGAUUCACGAGCUGAUGUUUUUGUACCAAGGAUACGUGCUGAGCGUAUCAAUGCUCUCGAUUCUAUCGAUGGAUAACAUAGUGCUGACUUUUUGUAGCCAGAUCUUUUGCCAUUUGGAAAUAUUGAAGAAAAAUUUUGGAAAGUCUCUCGAAGCCGAAAACCAGAAGGCAGCCAUUAACGGUGGAAAAAACCGGCCAGUCGACUUCAGAGGAAACUUACUAAAGUGCGUAAAACGCCAUCAAGAGAUCAUCGAGUUUGUUCAGAGUUUGAACACGUUCUUCAGCCCCUUGAUGCUGGCUCAACUAAUGGCGAGCAACGUUCUAAUAUGUCUUACCGGUUUUCAAGCGAUUUUGGUAGUCGGACAAGCUUCCGGUUUCUUCAAGUUCGCCAUUUAUUUGAGCGGGGCGUUUUCCCAGCUGUUUUUUUGGUGCUGGUUCGGAAACGAAAUGAUACAUCAGAGCACUUCGGUCGCAGAAGUCCUCUGGCUGAGCCCUUGGGAGCUUGAGAAAUUGACGUCAAUCAGCUCGCUGAUAACAAUUCCGCUAAUGCGAGCAAAGAAACCGUUAAAAUUGACCGCCGGCAAGUUCUACGUGAUGUCAAUGGAGGCUUUUAUAUCGGUACGUUCUCAGCGGCUCUUAUUCCUUCUUCACGCUGCUGAACAAGAUGAACGAAUCCGUAAACUAGAUCGACGAAAGCUUGGUAGUGGUUGGCGAGUGACGUGGAAUUCGCUAUUCGCCGUGAUGUAGUCUCGUAACUAUUACACUAGGUCGACACUUCCUUUAG